AUGGCUGCUGCUGACGCAGGCACCGCGACCAGGGAGGCCCACGAUGAGAAGGUGCGAUGGUUCAAGGAGUUCCUGUACAACCACAGGCAGGAGUGGGAAGAAAAGCUGGACCGCAAGAUGGCAGAGGGUGACAUGCGGAUCCCGCUGGAGCUGUCGGCGCUGCGGAAAGAAGAGCAGGGCCUCGAGAAACGGGUCUUGGAGGAUCCGGUGAAGUAUCUGCCGGCCUUCGAGGAGGGACUCCUCAGCUUCCUUUCGGAGACGGCACCCAAGGCGGUAAAGGCACUGUCUCAGCCGCUGCGGCUGGAUGUCCAGGGCGCAUUUGGACGCAACCAUGUGACGCCGAGGGGCAUGACGGCGGCCAGCACGGGCAAGCUCAUGUGCUUGGAGGGCCUAGUGACCCGAUGCCUGGUGACGCAGCCCAAGCUGCUGUACUCCAUGCACGUGCACAAGGGGGUCCUGGAGUCCUAG